AUGGAGUGUCCAAACCAAACAGCACCGGCUGAAUUUAUCCUCGCUGGGUUGCAAUACCCAAAAGAACUGAAGGUUCCAUUGUUGCUCUUCUUCUUGAUUAUGUACAUUUUGACUCUCUCUGGAAACUCCCUGAUUCUCUGGGUGGUGGUGUCUAACUCCCAGUUGCACAAGCCUAUGUACUGGUUCCUCGGUCAUUUGUCCAUCCUGGAUAUGGCUUUCUCCUCUGUUGUGGUUCCCAGAGUCAUUGCAGGAUUUAUUCCUGGAGGAAAAAUAAUUUCUUUGGGUGAAUGUGUGGCCCAGAUAUUCCUGUUCCACUUCACCGGAGGUGCAGAAUGCUUCCUUUACACCCUGAUGGCUUAUGACCGCUUCAUUGCUAUAUGCAAGCCCCUCCACUACAGCAAUAUCAUGAAUUGGAGAACCUGCCUCAUCCUCUCUUUAGGUACAAUGAUGGGAGGCUGCCUGAACUCAAUGUUAGAGACAAUCCUCACCUUUCGACUGCCCUAUGGAAGGAGAAACCAUAUUGACUAUGUCUUUUGUGACAUCCCUGCUCUUCUGAAACUGGCUUGUGCAGACACAACUCUCAAUGAGAUUAUGAGCUUGGUGGAUGUUGACCUAGUGGCCAUGACCUGCUUCAUCCUUAUCCUGACCUCCUAUGUGUAUAUUAUCUCGGCCAUUUUGAGGAUCAGCAGCAGUGAGGGGCGUUGCCGGGCCUUCUCCACUUGCACGGCCCACAUUACUGUGGUGAUUAUAUAUUAUGUGCCAGUUGUUUUUCAUUACCUGAGGCCUACAUCUCAGGACUCAAUAGACGGCAUGGUGAGUAUGUUUUAUACCACCAUAACUCCGUUUCUGAAUCCUGUCAUAUACACACUCAGGAAUAAAGAGAUGAAGACCGCUCUUUCGAAACUGUGGGCUGGGAGUCCCGAGUAA